AUGGUUCGACUGAGCGGGAAGAGCCUCUUCCAUCUCCCUGCCGACUAUGCUACUGGCUCACUAGUUGUGCCGACUUGCUUCAGGGCCACUGCUCAAUACCUUGCCCAGUAUGGACCUAUUACACGCGGUGUCUUCCGCAUUCCCGGUUCAUUGCGCGUUGUCAAUGCUAUCUUCGACUACUACUGUUACGAAAAUCCUGGAGAGGAAGUCACAAGUACCAUACGCUGCCCAACUCUACCAUCACAUAUCAAUGCUGGUGCUCAAGACGUAGCCUCGGCUUUCAAGAAAUUGCUAUCUGCACUCCCGGGUGGCAUCCUUGGCUCUCUCCCAAUCUUUGACGCAUUGGUCGCGAUUCACAGUCAGCUUCGCGGAGAGCCAGAACUCAGCAGAACAAAAGAAACAAAGCUUCGCGCUAGACUCAUUGCCAUGGCUAUUGGGACGAUCAAGUCUCACUUCCGUCGAGAGCUCAUCUGCGCUGUUUUUGGCCUUCUGUCCCUCAUUGGACGUGCGGCUGAGACAGCAGCUCGUGAGGAUGAGCAGGGCCGGCCACUUCCAACAUCAGAUUUGAUGGGAUAUGCAGCUUUGGGAAUCGUCUUCGGUCCUCUCCUCGUCGGCGAUUUGCUCGACUCCUAUACAAUGAAGCUGGCAAACCCUUCUUCGGGUUUACUGCUCUUCCCCCUUACUCCACCGCGAUUGAAAAGGGAACGGCUGCGCAAGAAUAACAUACAAGACAGCAUAGGUCCCAUGUCUGUCGACAAAAUUCGUGUGGCAAACGACAUUACCGACAUGCUCAUCUCAAACUGGAGAGAAGUAGUGCGCAAUAUGAAAGGCUUGUCGAGUUUCCGGGGUUCAACUGAAGAUUUGGAGAGUACGCGCCUUCGGAGGUUUCUUCGUUCAUCAAACUCAGAUUCCCUCGCCGUUGGAUUGCCCAAAGGCUGGAGGAGCAAGCAUUCUUCGCCACGUACUUCGAUCAAUCGGCAGAGGUCAAGAUCACCCACUACCCCUACACCGGCACCAAGUAAGUAG